AUGAUAGGAGGGCAAUAAGAGAGAUUAAAGUAAGAGUAAAUUAGGGAGAACAUAGAAUAGCUAGUAAUAAUAAAAAAAGAGUUAAGGAAUUAUCCUCAUCUAGAAGUUAUUGAAAAAAUAGGUUAAGGUUCAUUUGGUGAUAUUUUUAAAGUCUGGGAUAGCAAGCGCGCUAGAUGGGCUGCCAUGAAAUUUGAAAAAAAAGACAAGAAGAAUAGAUACUCUCUCAUCAAGAAGGAGGCUUAGAUUAUGAUAUAAGUGAAGGGUUCAAAAUAUUUUGCUGUUCUUUAUGACAGUCGUUUCAGCGAGUUAUCUACUUAUAAUUUUAUUGAAAUGUCAUUUUUGGGUCCAAAUUUGGAAAGUUUGAAGAAGAGAAUGAACGGAAAGUUCAAUUUAAGAACAGUUUUACUUAUAGCUAACUAGAUGAUUUCAGGGCUAUAAGUCCUUCACGAAAAAGGUAUUAUUCAUCGUGACAUUAAGCCAGAAAAUUUCGUUAUAGGCAGUGAAGGAUAUCAUCAUCAAGUGUAUAUCAUAGAUUUUGGGUUAUCAAAAUAUUACAUAGAUGAAAACAAAAAUCAUAUUGAGCAAAAAACUAAUAAAGGUCUAGUUGGCACUGCAAGAUAUACGAGUAUAAAUUCUCAUCUUGGAUUGGAAUAGAGUAGAAGAGAUGAUAUGGAAAGUUUAGCGUAUUUACUUCUUUACUUUGCCAAGGGAACUUUAGUUUGGUAAAAUCUUUAAUUCAAAGAAAAGGAAGAGCGUUUUAAGAAAAUAGCUGAAUUAAAGUAAACUACUCCACAUGAACACAUGUGCAGGGGACUACCUAAAUAGUUUCAUGAAUUUUUAAACUUAGUAAAGUCAUUAACAUUCGAAUAAACGCCUGAAUACGAUCGCUAUCGUUCUUUAUUUUCUUCAUGCUAUAAUUAAAGUUUCUCAACUCCAGAAAGCUAAUCAUGUUACGAUUGGUGUCCUAAAAAUUGCAGUCUUUAGGCAAAAUUAAUGAAUAAGGCAGUCUCAACAAAAAAUUUACAAGAUACUUCACCACAAAACAAUCCUUUUAAUAGUAGCAAGAAUAUUUAAAAUCAAAACACAUUAGGAAAUUCUUAGAAAUAGCAAAUUCCAAGCACUCCAUAAAUAAUAGAUCAAAAAUAAAUUUCUUAAACUAUGAUCUAAUAAGAUAAAAAGUAAAAUUAAAUUGAGGUUCCUCAAACUAAAACCACUGUAGGAAUAGUCAAUAGUUUAAGUAAUGUUCAAAAUGGAAUGACUUAGAGUAAAAACGGAGCAGUAUCAAGCAAAAAUUUAAUACCUUAAAAUAAAAAUGAUAGCGAUUUGUUAGCAAUUUUAAAUAAGUAAGUAAGCAAUGAAGUCUACAAAAAGUAAUUAGACAAUUAUGACAAUAAUGACGAUGAUAAUAUAGAUGAUAUCCCUGUUUCUGAAUUUAGGUAAGGUGAAAGAAAGCGGAUACCUAUUUUCAGAACUGAAGAUAACUUCUCAAAGCAUCAGUAGCAUGCAUUUAGUCAAUUAAACUUAGCUUUGUCAGUAAAUAAUUAAAAUGAUGAUAAAAUUAACACAUCAAACAACCUAGAAGCUCAAAAUUAUAAAACUCCUUAUUUAAAAAAGACUCACAGCUUCGAAGGGAAAAUAGGUUUAGAAAACAGUUCUGCAGGCAACAAAGCCUUAAUAAAUCAUAUAACGAGUUAAAACAUUAAUUUAUAAACUCCAAAUCAUCUUUUAGUUCAACCAUUUUCAAACAGUAAUAUAAUAAACAAAGAUAGUUCUUAAUAUCCAAAUAACUGGUCCAACGAAUGGAAUUCAGAAUAAGAUGAAAAAGUAUAAGUGUAAUCUGUUAUGCCUUUCAACCCUUCUAACAAUUAGUAAUAUUUUUGA